AUUGAAGGGGAAGGAACUGCGGGCGCGCGCGUGUCUCUCUGUGUGUGAAUGUGUGUGCGUGCCCGUGUGUGCGCGCGCGGGUGUGUGGACUAGAAGGUGGGGGCAGCCGAGUUAGUCCCAAGUCGUCGGACUCCAUUUGCUAUUCUUUUCUUUCUCCCCCACGCCCGGGUGGUAGUGGGCGUUCGUCUCUGCGUCUCUUUUCAUUCAUCUCCAGACCUUUAGAGGUUUUUUAGGGUUGGGGGUAGUGGGGAGGGCAGGCGAGGGGAAAGGAGGAGGACAUGGAGAUGAAGAAGAAGAUUAACCUGGAGUUGAAGAACAGAGCCCCGGAGGAGGUGACAGAGUUAGUCCUUGAUAAUUGCUUGUGUGUCAAUGGGGAAAUCGAAGGCCUGAAUGACACCUUUAAAGAACUGGAGUUUCUUAGUAUGGCCAAUGUGGAACUAAGUUCCUUGGCCCGGCUUCCCAGCUUAAACAAACUUCGAAAGUUGGAACUUAGUGACAAUAUAAUAUCUGGAGGCUUGGAAGUCCUGGCAGAGAAAUGCCCAAAUCUUACCUACCUCAAUCUGAGUGGAAACAAAAUCAAAGACCUCAGUACAGUGGAGGCUCUGCAAAAUCUUAAAAAUUUGAAAAGUCUUGACUUGUUUAACUGUGAGAUCACAAACCUGGAGGAUUACAGAGAAAGCAUCUUCGAACUGCUGCAGCAAAUCACGUACUUAGAUGGAUUUGAUCAGGAGGACAAUGAGGCACCCGACUCAGAAGAGGAGGACGAGGAGGAUGGAGAUGAAGAUGAGGAAGAUGAAGAAGAAGAUGAAGCUGGUCCACCUGAAGGAUAUGAAGAGGAGGAUGAGGAUGAAGAUGAGGAUGAAGAUGAAGCAGGUUCAGAAGUGGGAGAGGGAGAAGAGGAGGUGGGCCUUUCAUACUUGAUGAAAGAAGAAAUUCAGGAUGAAGAAGACGAUGACGAUUAUGUUGAUGAAGGGGAGGAAGAGGAAGAAGAGGAGGAAGAGGGUCUUCGGGGAGAGAAAAGGAAGCGAGAUGCUGAAGAUGAUGGAGAGGAAGACGAUGACUAGAUCCUUCCAGGAUGAGGUUGCCCACGCUCCUGGGCGUGCAGUAGAGUGACCUUAUGUCUUUGUUUCUUCAUGUAUGAUAGCUGUCCCUGUAGGAGAUGAUGUGUAACUUUUUAUAGGAAAAGUAUGGUUUUACUGUCUUGGCCUUAUCAUUCCGAUUAAGAUUUGCUAGUGUGUUAAUCAUAAUGUACGUAGAAAAGAAUUUUCAUUCAUCUUCCCAUUGUGACAUUCUCUAGCACUGUAUUUAGAUUCUGGAUUUUUGUAAUUCAUGCUUAAUGUAUUAGACAUUUUUAGCCCAUAAUUAAAACAUGGUUGCUUUUACCGGGUGUAGUUUGGUGCAUUUCAUUCAUAAUGUUUUAAAGUUAUUUAUGAAUUAACAAGUUAUACUCAGCUGUAAUAUGAAACGGCAUUAGUCUCUUGAAUGACAAAGCUGAUUGAUUUUUGUUUUUAGAGGUGAUACGGGUGUCAAUAGCUUGAAGGCAGUUUUGGGUGCUGGGGUGGUGUUUGAGGACUGUCCUCACAGUUUGGAAAGUACAGGCGAGUGAGAGGGUUCUUUUCAGUAGCGUGGGCGGUGGACUCAGGUUGUCUUUAGUGACACAGCUCAAGGCUUCAGAGUCAGCCCUUUCUGUGGGUGGUGCUGUGCCAGCGUGUUGCUGGUUUUCAGGUGUGCAUUCUCCCUCAGCUGUUUCUCUAUCAGCACCUUCCAUUGCUCCAUUCCUCUCCACAUCCAAAAGAAAGCUGGAAAAGGUGUGGAUACCCAGGACACUGGCCAUCUCUCUGGGUUUCAAACAAGUGACGUGGGCUUGCUGGCGCAUUAGUUGAGAUGCAGUGAUGAGCAUGAGGAGUGUUAGGAGACAGGCGUCACUUACUUUGAUAACACAUGAGGCUGUGUUAGGCUAAAGCAGUACCUUCUUCCUCAGGCCAGACUGAUCACUAUGUUCAAGUCUAUUAUUAAGUUGUUGUUUUUCUAGGUGAUUGGAUAUCAACGCUGUGAAGUAUUUAUUAUAUUUCUGAGUGGAACCUUUAAUUAUUCUUUCUAUAGUUUGAAAAUCGUGAUCAAAUAUAGUAUUUGAUUGGCAUAUAAUAGCAGUUGGAGAACUGUUUGAAAAUCAAUAUUGAAGUUGGGGUUUAUUUCAGGUGGAUAUCUAUUAACAACAGAAAAACAUUUGGGGUAAGCCUAUGUGCUUCUUCAUGGCUACUAAAUAAACAUGAGGAGACAGGUUCCUUUUGUCCCAGAGGCUCCAUGUUCCAGGAAAUUUCUUUUUAAAUCUUGGCUACUAAUUUUUUUCCUUUUGUAAAGCUAAGUUUUUUUUUUUUUUUUUUUUUUUUUAAAUGUUAGUAUCAGCAAAUUAACUGAAGUUCUGCCUCUGCUGGGACACAGAAAUUGUUCAUAAUAGUAGGACUGUUACUUUUUUGAAGAUGUUUAACAUGGUGUUUUAAAAUAACAAGUAUGAAAUUAUUUGCAGAGAAGCUAACAAAGUUACAUAUGUGACUGAAAUAACUGUGUGAUAUAUUCAGUGUGGGUACUGGGAUCUCUGAAAGAACUAACAUUUUCUUCAUUUCAAUAAUUGGAAUGCCUGUUUUCAGUCCCCAAGAAUUCUCUUGGCACACUAUGCCAGGCUCAAAGUAAAUGCUUAUUUUUCAAAGGGAAAUCUAUAUAUUGACUUUUUUUUAAUCAAUCAUCUAUUAUGCAAUCAAAAUUAGAGUUUUUGGGUUUAAAAACAACAAAUAGGUCCCCCAGAUAACUAUUAAGACUUAUUUAUCUUUGUGGGUGAUAUUUUCAUGCAAAUAAGCAAGGGUGGGCUUUCUAUUCUGUGCAGGUUCUGGGUUCUGUUUUACUACUCCCUGUACUGUACAUACGCGGUAUGUUAAGUCCUUAGAGACUCUGAAUACUUUUGUGCAACUGUAUUUUGAAUAAAGCCACCACAGUGUUAAACACAAGGACAGGCAAUACUGAUUGUGUUCCUAUUUCCGGUUUUUCUUCCGAAUGCUGUAACUUAAGUUUUGAAACUGAAUUGCUUUGAAUAAAUCGAAGAGUUGUUAAU